UCUAAAAGGCAAUUGCAUUUUAAUUUCCCCACACAGCCAUAUCGUUAUAUUCGAUUCACUUUAUUAGACGGAGCUAUAAAUUAACAUCACUUGUGAAUUCAAAUAUGUGCAUAUAUCGAUGCGAAAGCCAUUUUUUGUUUCUUCUUGCCAAUUUAUUUUUUCUGGUUAUAGAGAGUAAGAGCAACAUGAGAUUUAAUAGAACAAUUAUAUAAACAUUUGAAGCCAUUGUAAUGCUAGUGCUCAGGCGCGUUGGCUGUUAAGCAUGCGGAUGGGUUUCUACAGCAAUUCAAAGUGUCAACAUAACCAACUGUGGUCCACACUGCAUGCACACGUUCAUCAAUGAAAGGAUCGCUCACUCCUCGACUUGAACAUUUGCACAUGUUGGCAUACAAUAUUCUAAGAGGUACAUGUCAAUUUCUGCCCUUGGUCACAUGACUGGCGCUCUCUGGAAUGGAUGGAGAUGGAUCUCCACGUCAGCUCACGUCUCAAAAUUUCAGCUCUGCGGAUCUGCUUCAAAGCCACUGAAGCUGAAGCAGCUCUGUACUACGAUGCGAGGCAGUACUAUGGUUGUGGAUUGCCCAACCAAGUGUCAUGAUGGAUUUUGAUGAGCGGGUACCCGUUGGGUCCAACAUGUAUUUGCCCGGCUGUACUUAUUACGUGUCUGGAACGGACUUUUCCAGCCUUCCUCCUUUUCUGCCCCAGACCCCGUCUUCUUGCCCCAUGACAUACUCAUACUCCACGUCCAGUUUGCCACAAGUUCAGAGCGUAAGAGAGGUAUCUUUCAGGGACUAUGCUAUUGACACGUCCAGUAAGUGGCACUCCAGGGGCAAUCUGCCACACUGCUACGCGACCGAAGACAUGGUGCACAGGGAGUGCCUGUCCAAUCCAGCAACUUUGGGAGACAUGUUAUCGAAAAAUAACUCUGUUCUUUACCACUCCAACUCGAGCCACACGUCCAACGUGUACGGCAGCGUGGGGAGGAACGGAGUGCUUCCUCAAGCCUUUGACCAGUUUUUCGAGACAGCGUACGGGAACGUGGAAAAUCAGCCGACCGAGCAUCCGGUGGACAGAGCAACCAGCAAGGCGCCUCCACCCGCAGAAUCGGGCAGCGACAGUUGUCGGGGAACAGAUGAGACCGAGCGGUGUGAAGAGACAAGCAGCCCGGAGCCAUCUUCCGGCAACAACGAAGAGAAAUUCAGCGGCAGCAGCAAUGGACAGAAGACACGGAAAAAGAGGUGCCCUUACACGAAAUAUCAGAUUAGAGAGCUGGAGAGAGAAUUUUUCUUCAGUGUUUACAUCAACAAAGAAAAGAGGCUACAGCUUUCCAGAAUGCUCAACCUCACCGACCGUCAGGUCAAAAUAUGGUUUCAAAACAGAAGGAUGAAAGAAAAAAAAUUGAAUAGAGACCGUCUGCAAUAUUACACCACGAACCCUUUGCUUUAGAUCGUCUAUUCUCGAGAAAUCAUUAAAGGCGAGAUGGUUCAUUUCAAGUUCGUGGAUGCACAUUCCGGCUCCCAGAGACUGCUUCGAGACGAGAUGUGACCUUCAUUCCAUUGACAGACUUUUUCAUCGAUAUAAACAUAAAUGUAUAUUCUCUGUAAUCUUUGCAUUUUGAAAUGUAAAAUUAUAAUAAUUAUUAUUAUACUAUUAUUUUGAUUUUUAUCAUCCUCCAUUCUAUUCACUUAAGUAAUUAUUAAGUUUACAGGGAUUUAGUUUUUGUUGUUUUUAUGACCAAUAUCUGUAGGCUAAUUUUGGCUUUUGUGUCAUACAGCAGCAAGUAUAGGCUAUUUUUGAAAUCCAUUUCGAUGGGGGGAAAUGUUGGCGAGGGGAGACAUAAAAAGAAGUGGACAAGAAUGUGGAUUUUAAUGUUACAUGUUCCGUAUGUGUGGUGUGUAUAUUAUUAGACUAUUUUCUCCACAUUCGAUAACGCACAUUAUGAAUAUGGCGUAAGCUUUUUGGAAACGAAAUGUAUCAUUCGCGCUAUAUUCUCUUAUACUUGAACUGUGUGGACUUAAAAUUGUAUUUGAUAUAUGUUACUUUACUGUGCAUUUUCCAGUAAAUUCGGGUGACUCGACAACACGUGUGUUCAAAAAUACAAAAAGGGAUGAAAUUAUUAUUUAUUAUUAACGAAUAUUGGACAUUAUCAUAAAGCAAUAACUGAACCAGCAUGGACACUCCUUGAGUAAUGAAUUGUAAUUUCUUUUUUAGAAUUCUGUUUCUCCAUCUUGUCUCUAAAAUGUGUGAAACUAAAACUCGAUGUUGCAAAACCCAUUCAUGUUCAUGAUAAUCUCUCGUGUUUCUAACAUCUCUUCAGUGUUAUAUAAAUCAGUCUCUUGAAA